ACCUCAUCAAUCCCUUUUCCCUCCCUCAUUCAUUUUCCCGGAAAAGAAAGAGCAGGAAAAUUUUUACGAAAAUUGCAGUUAAAACUUAAAACCCUCGUUACUCGUUUCUCUUUUUAUUUUUUAUUUUUCCCACAAUAAUUCUCCUAUCUCAUUUUUUGAAUCCCGCGCAAUAUUUCCAAUUCUGCUUCUUCUUCCUUCUUCGUCUCCAUCUUAGGGCUAUAAAAUCCAGUUUGAUUUUCCUCCAUGAUUCUCGUACCCUAAUUCCUGAAACGGCGCCCGAGAAACUCGCAAUCAGUAACCGCUCCGAUGACGGAGGACAACGCUCCGAUGCUGGAGGACAACGCUCCUCCUCCUCCUCCUCCUACUCUCGCCGCCGCAGACGGCGGCGGUGAUUGGUCUUCUUCGUUCAGGGGUCUGUCGUCGUUCGUGAAGAAGGGCGACCGGCAAUUGUUCGGUGUGGAACUCCGGCCUGAUGAGACCACCAUAGUGUCGUGGAAGAAGCUGGUGAAGGACUCCCAUAAUGUUAACCAAGGAUCCGAUCAACGUUCCAAUGCUCUCGAGUCCAGAAUCGCUCCGGGACAACCUACUGAGACUAAAGAAGAAGAUGCUCCUCAAACACACCGUUUCAGUGCUGUUAUAGAGAAGAUUGAACGCCUUUACACGGGUAAGGAUAGUAGUGAUGAGGAGGAUCUACUUCCUGAUGAUGAUCAGUAUGAUACAGAAGACUCUUUCAUUGAUGAUGCUGAGCUGGAUGAAUAUUUUGCGGUUGAUAAUUCUGCAAUUAAACAUGAUGGUUUCUUUGUAAACAGGGGGGCACUGGAACGCAUUGCAAGAAAUGAACCUCCACCAUUACCUACUCAGCAAGUAAAGAAAAGGCGCCGAAAAGAUAUGUCAAAGGAUCUUGGUGAAAAUAUUGAUGGUCAUGUUUCAAAUAAGUGUGUAAAAGUGGGCAAGACAGCUGCUAGAAAGGCUGGACCAUUACCUGUGAAAAAAUCUUUAAAUUGCUCACAGGAUUUAGCUGUACCGGGUGAACAUGGUGAAGACUUAAAAUUUCAGAAUCAAUUGGACGUCUCUGGAAUUAGUUCAAAAACGAAAAUGGCUGAUACUAGACCAAAAUCAGAUCCUUCUGUGGCAGAAGCAAAAGUUGUUGAUAAAAAGAUAGGAGUACAUCAAUCUAAAAACACAAGUGCCAAAUCCCAACGUGCAAGAACCCCAAGUGUUGAUAAUUCAGAAAAUACAGCAGAAUCCCAACUUGCAAGAACCCCAUGUUCAAAGGACAAAAAUGGCAUCCGUGAACUACCAGAUCUCAACUUGUCUGAGGGAAAAUCUGCUAUGCUAACACCUAAAUCUGAAAACAUACUCAAGAAAGAUGGUUCUGCUGUUAGGCCAAAGGUUACGAUGCUCGAGAAAGCAAUUCGAGAGUUAGAAAAGAUGGUUGCAGAAUCCAGACCGCCAACUACAGAAAACCAAGAGGUUGAUGCCACAUCGCAGGCUAUCAAACGAAGAUUGCCUAGAGAGAUAAAGCUAAAACUUGCUAAAGUUGCUAGAUUAGCGCAGGCAAGCCAAGGUAAAGUAUCAAAGGAGUUAAUUAACCGUCUUAUGAGUAUUCUUGGGCACCUAAUGCAGCUCAGAACACUAAAGAGAAACUUAAAAAUUAUGAUCAGUACGGGUAUGUCUGCAAAGCAGGAGAAAGAUGAAGGGUUUCAACGGAUAAAGAAGGAAGUUGUUGAAAUGAUUAAGAUCCAGGCCCCAACUAUGGAAUCUAAGCAACAGCAUCAAGCUGGAGCAUCUGGAGAUCAAGAAUUAGGUCCUGAUGGAAAAGCAAUAACUACAAAUUUUUUUAGCAUGGACACUGCAUUGGAGGACAAGAUCUGUGAUCUCUAUGACCUUUUUGUUGAUGGGUUGGAUGAAAAUUCAGGUCCACAAAUCAGAAAGUUGUAUGCUGAGCUAGCAGAACUAUGGCCAAAUGGUUACAUGGACAACCAUGGUAUCAAACGUGCAAUUUGCAGGGCUAAAGAGAGGCGCAGAACACUUAAUAGCAAACCCACGGACCAGGAAAAAACUAAGAGGAAAAAGUUAUUGGCACCUCGACGUGAGGAGAACGUUUGCGCUAGUUCAGUUUCUUCACAACAGAACGUGCUAGAGAGAUUAGCUCCAGAAUCUGGCAGUCAUUCUGCUUCACCGAACAAGGCAGUUUCUAAUACAGUUACAGCUGCUCGGGUUCUCAAUCCUUCUGUGAAUGGACCAAAGCAAGUAAAAGCGAAGGGAAAUUCAAGCGGUUCUUUAGAUGUUGUCAGGGGUGCAGAUGGUGUUUUAAUAAAGAAGAAGGUGGUAAAGAAAAAGCAAGAACAUAAGUUGGAAGGAACUCAUUUUCGCCCUGAGAAGCUGGCUUCUUUGCAGGGAGAAGAAAGACAGAGAUCUCCAAAGCAGUCUGCAGGCCUUCCCUCCAAAUCAAACCUUCAGCCAACAUCCCUCCCUGUGCCUGGUCUUGAACAAUCGAGCUAACUUGGUAUCAACUAGGAGCAUGAUGGUCUGUGUAUCACAGUUUUUUGUUUUUCACCUAUUUUUAUUCUCAAUCCUCCCCUUCCCGAAUCAAAUUGUACCCUACAGAUUAUCACCAUUUUUGUAAUUGCGCUAUUAGAAUGAGAAUCUUGACAGAAAAUUUCAGAGAUAGGAAUGGAGGAAUUUCUGAUUCUCAAUAAAAUGAAGGCUUAAAUAAGUUUUUGGUCCCUGAAAUUGUAAAGGGAAUUAAAUUGGGUCCCUGGAAAUUUUUUGAAUCAAAUUGUAUCCUUUGAAUUUUUUUUAAUCAAAUUGGAUUCGAAGUGUGUUUUA